AUGCCGCCUCAUCUACCUCGCAAGAGGCUACGCACGCCGUCGCCCGAAGGUGGCAAUGGGGCCAAGAAGGCAGGCAAGAGCUCCAAGUCAAGCACACCCAAUGGAGUUGUGCCACCGAGGAAAUCCACGGUGUUUGAGGAUCUCAAUACUAGCGACAAGAAAAGAUCUGCCGACAAGACGAAAUCUGCAUUGCAGAAAAUGGUGGACGAUGACGACAGUAGCUCACUUAGCUCACUAUCAGACUCUGAUGUCGAAUUUGAAGACGUACCAUCAGCCAAGAGGCAAAAGGUUGAUGCGCAAUCUGUGAAAGAGUCGGACGAUGAAGAUGACGAUGAGGAUAUUGAGUUCGAGGACGUUCCGAACCAUGAACCUCAGCUCGAAGUGGAGCCUGUCAUCUCGGGUGAUCUAGAACUCACAUUGUACCGGAAUAGUCAUGUACCUUUGGCAUCUGAGAUGUCGAAGAAGGGACCAUCGAAGCGCGAAAAGCAAAUACGUAAUGUUACGCACUGCAUUCACGUCCAAUAUCUUCUUUGGCAUAACGCAACUCGCAACUCUUGGCUCUGUGACCCAGAAGUUCAGGCGACCAUGAUAUCACAUCUGACGCCACGACUCUGGGAGGAAGUUGACCGUUGGCGCACCAAUAGUGGACUUGAAAAGGAUGACGCUGUGGAGGAAAAAGCAGCGCCAACAUCAAAGUCUGGAGCUCGUGGAAAAUCGACCACCAAAGGAAAGACGGCCAGGUCGAGAGGAAAGCAACCAGCUUCCAAGUCUACCAGAGAUUGGAGCGAUGCUGCUGAUCGACUUGAAAAUGGUGUCCCCAAUAUGUCCCAUGGUGAUCCUCUUUUUAGGCUCAUGAAGUCUCUAUCUGCGUGGUGGAAACAGAGAUUCACAACUACAGCGCCAGGACUGCGAAAGAAAGGCUACAUGGAUGUGAGGAGACUAGCCAAGUGGAGGGUUGCAUUCGAAGAGGAAGAGCACGACCCUGAAAGGUUUGGUGAGAAAAUCCAUAAUUUGGAAGAUUUCAGAACGCAUGCGCGAAAGUGCGAAGGCAGUCGAGAUGUGGGUGCGCAACUCUUCACGGCCUUGUUGAGAGGCAUUGGUCUCGAAGCUCGAAUGGUUGCAAACCUACAGUCAUUAGGGUUUGGUUGGAGCAAAUCCGAGGAGGCAGAUGAAGAAAAGGCUGUGGGCGAUGCCUCGACUAAUGGCACCGCGACUCCUAUCAAGACGAACGCCAAAAAGUCUCAGGCGGCCGCAAAGACAAGAAAGACGCCAGCGCGUCCCACGAGUCGCCGGACCAGGAAGAACGACAAGGAUUCACUCAAAAUGGACUUGGACGAUUCAGACGAAUAUCUAGAGCCUAUUAGUGAUGACGAUAGUGACGACAAUUCCGUUGUCGAUGUCACGGCAGAUUUCAAAAAGCCCAAAGCCGCACUCAAGAUUUACGACAAAGAUCUCGACUUUCCUAUCUACUGGACCGAAGUAUUGUCUCCUGUUACGAAGAAGUGGCUACCAGUUGAUGCUAUAGUAAAGUCCAUCGUUGGCACCAAUCGAGAACUCGUUGAAUCAUUGGAGCCUCGCGGUGCCAAAGCAGACAAGGCAAAACAGAUCAUGGCAUAUACCGUUGCUCAUUCCCAGGAUGGCACUGCCAAGGAUGUCACGGUUCGGUAUCUGAGAAAACAACUCUUUCCAGGUCGCACCAAGGGCUCUCGUAUGGGAGUCGAGAAGAUCCCCAUCUACAACAGACAUGGCAAGAUCAAGCGCUACGAAAAGUUUGACUGGUUCAAAUUUGCCCUCAGCGGAUACGUCCGUGGCACACUCAAGUACCCAGUCACUGAGUUGGAUCAAUGGGAAGAUGCUACAGAUUUGAAGCCGGCAGUCCCAGAGAAGAAGGAAGUCAAGGAAGGGGAGGAGACUUUGCAGUACUUCAAGAGUUCCAAGGAAUUUGUUCUUCAAAGGCACCUCAAGCGCGAAGAAGCCCUCCUACCCUCGGCAAAACCAGUCAAGGUCUUCCGCAACAAGGUCAAGGGCGGUAAAGUUGAGGAGGAGGAUGUGUACCUACGCAAGGAUGUUGUCGCUGUCAAGUCUGCCGAGACAUGGCACAAGCAAGGCCGGGCACCUGUGCUAGGGGCUGAGCCGUUGAAACAUGCUCCCUAUCGAGCGGCGACCACGAAUAGACGCAGAGAAAUCGCGGAAGCUGAAGCCAGGACUGGAGAAAAGGUACUACAACCUCUCUACAGCGAGGAGCAGACGGACUGGAUCAUCCCGCCACCGAUUGAGAAUGGCGUGAUUCCGAAGAAUGACUAUGGCAACAUUGAUAUGUUUGCAGAGCACAUGUGUCCCGAAGGAGCCAUUCAUUUGCCUUACCGUGGUGCCGUUCGGGUUUGCAAGCGGCUAGGCAUUGACUACGCCGAAGCCGUAGUUGGUUUCGAGUUUGGGCAUCGAAUGGCAGUCCCCGUCAUUCAAGGAGUGGUAGUGGCCGAGGAACAUGAAGACAAGGUGCUCGAAGAGAUUGAAAAGGACGAGGCCGAGCGAAAGAGAAAAGAGGACGAGAAGAGGCGCAAGGCGGCUCUAGGAAUGUGGAGAAAACUGCUCAUGGGCAUGCGCAUUGCAGCUAGAAUAGAAAAAGAAUACGGCCAUCUAGAGGACAAACAGACGAAGACCAUUGUCGACUUACGGGGAAGCGAUGAAGACGAUGCAGGAGAAGGUGGAUUCAUGAAGAUGUCCGAACACGACGAGGAUAUGGCGGGAGGGUUCUUGCCAGAAGGUUACGACGAGGAGGAGCCGGGCGAUCAACCAAAGCAAACAUCAAGUUAUUUCUCAGGCGCUCAUGAUGCCGAGGGCGUGGAUACCCUUGAAGUCGACCACGGCGAUUCGGUCGAGAAACCCAGAGACUUCUCCGGACUUGCCAUAUCACGGUAUCAUGAAGGAAGCCCAGAAGACAAGGGCGAUGAGGAAGAGAACAACGAAGACAUGGAGGACGAGGACAUCAAGCCACCGAAAAGAGCACAGCGAAAGGUUGCAAAACCUAAAGCAAAAGCAAAAGCUAAACCUCGGGCCACGAACCGACGACGAACUCGAACAACACAAAUCAAAUCAUCGGAAGACGACGACGACGAUGAUGAUUUUGAGCUAUCUGACUCGGAGUAA